AUGUCCUUCCCCACAUCCCCUGCCUUCGUCCACACCGGCGACUGGGAUGCCGAGACCCGCAAACACCCCGCCAUGGAGUUCUUCGAGCGCUACACCAACACCCUCGACUCCGGCCUCCAGACGAUGGGCUCUCAACUCAACGACUGGCAUACUCCUGACUUCGAGUACGUCGCGGCCAACGGUAGUUCCACAAAGGGCACCCAAGAGGCCUUCAACGCUCUAUCCCAGAGCUACGCUCCGUUGGCCAAAUUUCAUCAUGAGCCAUUCUUCCUCAUCGCUAUUGAAUCAGGAAAUAGUGGAGAUUACGAGAUGAUCGGGUGCGCGACUGUAUAUAUCAACCUGCCGGGCAAAGAGGAGGAGAAAAAGGUCAAGGAUGGAAAAGGCGAGAGUUGGGAGAUGAGUCUGCCUGGCGCGUUCAAGUUUUAUUAUAAAAAGGAGGGCCAGGGUUUCAAGUUGAAGCAGACGCAGGUCUUUAGUGACUCUGGACCGGUGGUCAUGGGGCUGUUGAAGAAGGGAGCCAUGACUCCGCAGCAGCUUGGGCUGGCUUGA